AUUUCAAGUUUUCUGUUUUCUUUCCUCUGUCCUUCAGUCUUCAAUCAAUCGAUACCUUCAACUUAGACUCAUCCAUUAAUACCUUCAUCUGAACUCUGACAGGAUGUCAGGUCGUCCUCAACUCCCGAGUAUGCAGCCGCAGAUCAUCUUACUUCGUGAAGGAACCGAUACUUCUCAAGGCACACCUCAGCUACUCUCAAACAUCAAUGCUUGCUUGGCCGUAGCUCAGACAGUUUCUUCAACUCUCGGACCGCGUGGUAUGGACAAAUUGAUCGUUGAUACCAAUGGUAACGCAACCAUUUCUAAUGAUGGUGCGACCAUCAUGAAACUCCUCGAGGUCGUUCACCCGGCCGCGAAGACCUUGGUCGAUAUUGCUAGAGCCCAAGAUGCUGAGGUUGGAGAUGGUACUACCAGUGUAGUCAUACUUUGUGCCGAACUUUUACGACAAUGCAAAUCAUUCAUCGAGGAAGGUGUCAGCCCUCACGUGAUCAUGAAAGGUUAUCGAAAAGCCUGCUCAUUGGCAGUAAACAAGGUCAAAGAGCUAGCUGUGACGGUCAACAAGACUGACGAGGUCAAGUUUAGAGAACUUCUCAUCAAAUGUGCUUCGACAUCAAUGUCAUCGAAAUUGAUCCAUCAUCACAAACCUUUCUUUUCCAACAUGGUUGUUAAUGCUGUCAUGACCUUGGAUCAAGAUGAUCUCGAUGAAUCUUUGAUCGGUAUCAAAAAGAUCCCUGGAGGUGGUAUGGAAGAUAGUAUCUUGGUCAAAGGUGUAGCCUUCAAGAAAGCAUUCUCUUAUGCUGGCUUUGAACAGCAGCCUAAAAGCUUCCAGGCAGCCAAGAUUCUGUGUUUAAAUGUUGAACUCGAACUCAAAGCUGAACGAGAUAAUGCUGAAAUCAGGAUUGAAGCAGUAGAAGACUACCAACGAAUCGUUGAUGCUGAAUGGGAGAUUAUCUUCCGAAAAUUAGAAAGUGUGGCUGCUACGGGUGCUAAAGUGGUUUUGUCACGACUUCCAAUCGGUGACUUGGCAACCCAAUUCUUUGCCGAUCGUGAUAUCUUUUGUGCUGGAAGGAUCCCAAACGACGACCUGAAACGAGUUGUCCAAGCAGUCGGAGGGUCAAUCCAGUCUACUACAUCGGAUAUCAAAGAAUCGCAUCUUGGAUCUUGUGAAAGUUUCGAGGAGAGGCAAAUUGGUGCUGAACGUUAUAAUGUCUUUCAAGGUGGACUGAAGUCAAAGACAUGUACGAUGAUUCUAAGGGGCGGUGCGGAACAGUUCAUCUCAGAAGUCGAAAGAAGUCUACACGAUGCGAUCAUGGUUGUCAAGCGUGCCAUCAAAAACAACCAGAUUGUAGCAGGUGGUGGAGCCUGCGAAAUGGAGAUUUCCAAGGUCCUACGUGAUGAGUCACGUCUGAUUCAAGGCAAACAACAGCUCAUGUUGGCUGCAUUUGCCAAAGCAUUGGAGUGUAUUCCUCGUCAAUUAUGUGAUAACGCCGGUCUUGACGCAACCGACGUGCUCAACAAAUUACGAAUGUUACAUGCACGGAAUCAGGUAUGGAUGGGAGUGAACCUGGAAGUAGACGCUGAUCUUGGAAUUGCCGAUAACUACGAGAAGUUUGUAUGGGAACCGGCUUUAGUGAAGACAAAUGCUUUAGAAGGUGCAACUGAGGCUGCAUGCAUGAUAUUGAGUGUUGAUGCCACAGUCCGAAACCCUCAGUCUGAAAAACAGAGUGCUGGACCACAGAUGCCGAGAGGUGCAGCUCGAGGGGCUGUACGUGGACGAGGAAGAGGACGGUAAUGGUUGUGAAGAAAAGUAGAUACCUUAGUAAUUUUUAGUCUGUGCAAAACAGAUUGCGCAAUUCAAAUUUAUGACCAGACUUUGUGUCACAAAACCAACUGUUGGCAUGAUAUUGUUUUCCGUUUUAUCGAUUCUUACAGGACACUGCCUCCCAAAAAGUCAAUGCAGAAAAGACUGCUGCUU